UGGGGGUUUCUUUUUUUUUUUUUCUUUUUCUUUAUGUUAUCAUGGACUAUUGACAAGAAACAAGCCUAUCGUCUUGUCCAUUAUUAUGUUUUGUUUGUUUGUCAAUUCUUGUAUACCUUCUUUAUACCCAAAGCAACAAGAACAACACAGCAAAAGACUUCUCAGUAUUACAAGAACAAGACAUUGAUACUGGAUUUAGAUGAAACACUGAUUCAUUCUGUUCGAUUGGGUACAGAACAUAGCCCAGUCCAUCCAAGUGUGAUUCAUACAAAUAUUGAGGUUCAAUCAGAUAAGCAUAAUGUGCUAUAUAAAGUCUAUAAACGACCCCAUGUUGAUUUCUUUUUGAAGACAAUAAGCCAAUGGUACAAAGUGGUGAUUUACACAGCCUCUAUGGGGGAAUAUGCUGAUCCUAUUAUAGACUGGCUAGAUCAAGAUUGUUUGAUUUCUCAACGGUUUUUUAGAGAAUCUUGUGUAUUUAGAAACGGUAAUUUCUUAAAAGACAUUACUUUGGCAGAAAAAGAUCUUUGUAAAGUAUGUCUAGUAGACAACAGUCCAAUUGCAUUUGAUUUAUGUAAAGACAAUGGCAUUGCUUUACCUACUUGGAUAUCUAACCCCAACGAUCAGAGUUUGUUGGAUCUUUUGCCUUUUUUAGACGCUUUGCGUUUUGCAGUCGAUGUCAGAAAUAUUUUAAGUCUGCAGCAUAAAACAAAAAAAAAGAGAUCGAAUUAAACAACCGCUGUUAAGAAACAAGGACAGCAGUAACAAGAUGAUUUCUUUUACAUGACUACUGGAACUCUUUGAAGAUACAAAAAGUAAGCUUCAUCCUUCUUGACUAUGCAAAAGACGAACAGGGUAUUAACCAAAAAAAAAAAAAAA